GUUUGAACGCUCGGUCUGUGUAACUCGGUUUGGAUGCGUGUUCGGGUGGAGAGACGCGUCCGGCGGUGACCAAGAAGACAAUCUCAAGAAAAAACGGGAUUUGGGGACUUUUAAUUUGUUGUUUUUAAAGAAACUUUGGAAUUUUUUGAAGACCCGGGUGGUCGUUUUAAUCAAGAGAGGCAAAAUGGGACGAGGAGAAGGUCGAGAACAAUAUGAGCUGGCAGCCACCUCAGAACAGGGUGGCAAGAAGGGCAAAAAGGACAAAAAGGGCAAAAAGGAGAAAGAUAAAGACAUGGAUGAACUGAAAAAAGAAGUGGACUUGGAUGAUCACAAACUCACGCUGGAUGACCUCAAUAAGAAAUACGGCACUGAUUUCACCAAGGGAUUGUCUGCCGAUCGUGCUAAGGAAAUCUUGGCUCGUGAUGGACCCAACGCUUUGACUCCACCCCCGACAACCCCAGAAUGGGUGAAGUUCUGCAAACAGCUCUUCGGAGGCUUCUCGACUCUCCUGUGGAUUGGAGCCAUCCUUUGUUUUCUUGCGUACGGUAUCCAGGCGGCUUCAGAGGAUGAACCUGCCAACGAUAACCUGUAUCUGGGAAUCGUGCUCUCCGCCGUCGUGAUGAUCACUGGAUGCUUCUCGUACUAUCAAGAAGCCAAGAGCUCCAAGAUCAUGGACUCAUUCAAGAAUCUCGUCCCUCAGCAAGCUUUGGUCAUCCGUAAUGGUGAGAAGAACAACAUUAACGCUGAAGAAGUGGUUGUUGGAGAUCUUGUGGAGGUCAAGGGCGGCGACCGAAUUCCUGCCGAUCUGCGUAUCAUCUCCGCUCAUGGUUGCAAGGUGGACAACUCUUCGCUCACCGGUGAAUCUGAGCCUCAGACUCGUACCCCUGACUUCUCCAAUGAAAACCCUCUGGAGACGAGAAACAUUGCCUUCUUCUCUACCAACUGCGUUGAAGGGACCGCCAGAGGUAUCGUCAUCAACACCGGUGACCGCACGGUCAUGGGCCGUAUCGCUACUCUCGCUUCCGGUCUCGAAGUGGGUCGAACACCGAUCUCUAUUGAGAUCGAGCAUUUCAUCCACAUCAUCACCGGCGUGGCUGUCUUCCUGGGUGUGUCCUUCUUCAUCUUGUCCUUGAUCCUCGGCUACAGUUGGCUGGAAGCCGUCAUCUUCCUGAUCGGUAUCAUCGUCGCCAACGUACCAGAGGGUCUCUUGGCUACCGUCACUGUGUGUCUGACUCUGACCGCCAAACGUAUGGCAAAGAAGAAUUGUCUGGUGAAGAAUCUUGAAGCUGUGGAGACUCUCGGCUCAACCUCCACCAUCUGCUCGGACAAGACGGGAACUUUAACACAGAACCGGAUGACCGUGGCUCACAUGUGGUUCGACAACCAGAUUCAUGAAGCAGACACCACGGAGAACCAGAGCGGAACCUCAUUUGACAGGAGCUCAGCGACAUGGGCGGCCCUCGCUCGCGUCGCCGGCCUGUGCAACCGUGCCGUUUUCCUCGCGGAGCAGGAAAACAUUGCCAUUCUGAAGAGAGACGUGGCUGGCGAUGCCUCUGAAUCGGCCCUUCUGAAGUGCAUCGAGCUGUGCUGCGGUUCUGUCAAAGAGAUGAGAGAGAAAUACUCAAAGAUUGCCGAGAUCCCAUUCAACUCCACCAACAAAUACCAGCUCUCCAUCCACAAGAAUCCCAAUUCGUCUGAGACCAAACACCUGCUGGUGAUGAAAGGAGCUCCCGAGAGAAUCCUGGACAGGUGCAGCUCCAUUUUGAUCCAAGGAAAAGAGCAACCUCUUGAUGAUGAGAUGAAGGACGCCUUCCAGAAUGCCUACUUGGAACUCGGUGGUCUGGGAGAAAGAGUACUUGGAUUCUGCCACUUCUUCCUUCCCGACGAGCAGUUUCCUGAGGACUUCCCAUUUGAUACGGAAGAGGUUAACUUCCCCACUGAGAACCUUUGUUUCAUUGGCCUUAUGUCCAUGAUCGACCCUCCACGCGCCGCCGUGCCUGACGCCGUGGGCAAGUGCAGAAGUGCUGGAAUCAAGGUUAUCAUGGUUACUGGUGAUCAUCCAAUCACAGCCAAGGCCAUUGCCAAGGGAGUGGGUAUCAUCUCAGAGGGCAACGAGACAAUUGAAGACAUCGCUGCUCGCCUGAACAUUCCCAUCAAUGAGGUCAACCCAAGGGAUGCCAAGGCUUGUGUGAUUCAUGGUGGCGACCUGAAGGAUUUGUCCCCCGAGCAAUUGGACGAUAUCUUGAAAUACCACACAGAAAUCGUGUUCGCCAGAACAUCUCCUCAACAGAAGCUGAUUAUCGUGGAAGGCUGCCAGAGACAGGGUGCCAUCGUGGCUGUGACGGGUGAUGGUGUGAAUGACUCUCCCGCUCUGAAGAAGGCUGAUAUCGGUGUGGCUAUGGGCAUCGCUGGAUCUGACGUGUCCAAACAGGCCGCUGACAUGAUUCUGCUGGACGACAACUUUGCCUCAAUCGUCACUGGAGUGGAAGAAGGUCGUUUGAUCUUCGACAACUUGAAGAAGUCCAUUGCCUACACCCUGACUAGUAACAUUCCUGAGAUCACCCCCUUCCUCCUGUUCAUCAUCGCCAACAUCCCUCUUCCAUUGGGUACCGUCACUAUUCUCUGUAUCGAUCUGGGCACUGACAUGGUUCCUGCUAUCUCAUUGGCCUACGAAGCUGCCGAGAGCGACAUCAUGAAACGGCAACCCAGAAACCCCAAGACAGACAAACUUGUAAACGAGAGGCUCAUUAGCAUAGCGUACGGUCAAAUCGGUAUGAUUCAAGCUCUUGCCGGGUUCUUCGCGUAUUUCGUUAUCCUGGCUGAAAACGGAUUUCUACCCUCAACGUUGCUGGGUAUUCGAGUCCACUGGGAUGACAAGCAGGUCAAUGACCUGGAGGACAGUUACGGACAGCAAUGGACAUACGAGCAGAGAAAGAUCGUGGAGUUUACAUGCCACACGGCGUUCUUCACCAGUAUUGUAAUCGUACAGUGGGCAGAUUUGAUCAUCUGCAAGACCAGACGGAACUCCGUUUUCCAGCAAGGAAUGAAGAAUAAGAUUCUCAUCUUUGGACUGUUUGAGGAAACUGCUCUGGCAGCGUUCCUGUCCUACUGCCCGGGCAUGGACGUCGCCCUCAGAAUGUACCCGCUGAAACCAACCUGGUGGUUCUGCGCUUUCCCCUACUCCCUCCUCAUCUUUAUUUAUGAUGAAAUCCGUAAGCUCAUCAUCCGACGCAGCCCAGGAGGUUGGGUGGAGAGGGAGACUUACUAUUAAAGCAUCCGGUCUGCAUCACACAAGUUUAUUUGCAUGGUUGACUUGCUGCUCGGAAUUUUAACCUCAGUAAUCUGGAUGUGUUUUUAUAUAGGGAAUGCUUGAUACAAACACGGAGAUCGUGAAUCAAGACAUCGCGUGCCUUGUUUCUGAAGCCGGACCAAUUUUAUACAUGUUUUUAAAAGUGUCAUAUAAAAAUAAACUUGCAGCAAGGUCCCA